AUGGACGACAUACUACUCGCCCUCAGCAAUGGUGACUGGCACAGGGAUCCCGGGACGAUCUCGAUCCUGCUCUUAACAGUCCUGGCAUUCCUGGUGCCAAUGAUCUACGUGUAUCCCCCUUUCCCCCCACGGGAGAGCGACGCCCUCGCAGAGACGCACUCCAAGGUCGGCCUCGAGCCGUCCGCGGCCAAGCCGGGUCUCAGGGCCGCCCAGGCCCUGCCGUCCGAUGUCUUGUCCGCCGGCCCCCCGCGCGUCCAGAGCCUCUGGAUCUACCCGGUCAAGUCGUGCGCCGGCAUAGAGCUCGAUCACAGCACGGUCCUACCCUCGGGUCUCGAGUUUGACAGGCUCUUCACCUUUGCUCAGCUCAAGAGCCCCUUCCCCGUGCGCUUGGACUCGGACGCCGACGAGAAGAGCCGUCACGGCUGGGAGUUCAUCACCCAGCGCCAGUUCCCCGCCCUCGCCAAUGUUCAGGUCGAGCUGUGGCGGCCGGACCGGGUCAAGUGCGAGCGCCGUGGCGAAAAGGUCCGCGAAUCCUACCUCAUUCUCCGCUUCCCCUGGAUGGAGGAGGGCUUCCGUGGUACUCUGUCUUGGGUUGCUGCCAAAACUCUCCGGGGCAUAGAUGCUCGUCCCGAGAAGGAGAUAAUGCUUCCCGUUGAGUUCCCAUCCGAAGCGGAUAUCAAAAACAAGGAUUACAAGUAUGAGAGCGUCAAGAUCUGGAAGGAAACUGUCACGGCCCUCAACAUGUCCUCAGAACUUUCGGAUGAACUCCAGAGGUAUCUAGGCGUCAGCAACAAGCUGGCCUUGUUCAGGAUAGAUCCUGACAAGCUCCGUGAGGUUUACCGUGGUGCCCCAACCAGCGAGGUUGCGGGCUAUCAGCCAGUGACGGGUUUCCAAGACGCUUUUCCCCUCCACCUGUUAAAUCUGAGUAGCGUGCGGGAUCUCAACGACAAGAUUGCCCAGGACGAGAACCUGAAGACCUUGGAUGCACGGAGGUUCCGAGCGAACAUCAUUCUCACUGGGCUGCCGCCAUAUGAAGAGGAGAAGUGGAAGUCGAUUCAGCUCGUAUCGGACGGCAAGUCCUUGGAAGAGACGGCCGAUUUUGACGUAUCCUGCCGCACAGUCAGGUGCAAGAUGCCCAACGUGAACCCCGACAAUGGCAUCAGGCACGAUAAAGAGCCCGAUCACGCGUUGAGGAAGUACAGGAAUGUGGACGAAGGGGCACCGCUGAACGGCUGCCUUGGAAUGCAGCUGACACCCAUGUUCAAAAAGACAGGCAGCCGGGUGUUGGAGUUGGAAAGCACUGUGAAGAUCGGGAUGGAGGUGAAGGUGAAGGGCUUUGGGUCUCACAAGUACAUCAAGCAAUAG